AUGUUUGAAGGUUUGGGAUUGGGUACCCGGAUAGCAACCACCAAUUGGACCAAGCAAUAUCGUUGGACCCCUUGGAUAUUAUGUUCGGCAUUUGCCCUCUGUACUCCAAUAGCUAUUGCUAUUGGAUUAGGGAUUAGAAAUACAUAUCCUCCAGGAUCGAGAAGGGCAUUGAUUACUAAUGGGGUGUUUGAUUCUAUGUCGGCGGGGAUAUUGGUAUAUACUGGAUUAGUGGAGUUGAUGGCGCAUGAGUUUUUGUAUUCCGGGGAAUUUAAAGGACCUGGGGGGUUUAAAAAGAUGUUGAUUGCAUAUUUUGUUAUGUGUUGGGGUGCUGGAUUGAUGGCGUUGUUAGGAAAGUGGGCGUAA